GUGCCGAAUGGUUCAUCAGGCAAAAAUGCUCCACAAGGAAAGAAUAUAUAUGAAUUGACGUACAGCAAGGAUCUCGAGCUCGAGGCUCAGAAAUACGCGGACACGUGCCCGUCCAAUAGUUCCUCUUUGGCGUCACGCAACUAUUCUGGCGAGAAUUUCGGAAUAGUCCCUUCCAGCUCCGUCAUGGCAUAUUAUGGGGCAAUUAUACGGGCAGUGAAAUCGUUCUGGAAUGAGAUCAACAUGCACAGAAUCAACGAAGACAUGCUGUUCACAAUACAUCUUCUGAAUGGAACUAUGGCACCGCUUAGGUUUACCCAAGUUGGUAUCAGAUGGCAUGGGCUUCUACUACACAACUUGGCUGUGGCGCUAGACUUUGCGGAGGCAACUACGUCGUCGUGUGUCGCUACAGUCCACGUGGCAACGUCGUCAACCAAAAUAUCUACAACGUUGGCCCAAUGUGCAACCAAUGUUUUGGCGGCUGCAGUAAGACUUAUUUAUACAAAGGACUUUGUGCUUCCCCACCUAUCAUACAAAGUAAUUGAACCUUCCAUUCAUAAAUAA